AUGCUGCCCGGGAUUAAACUUUUACUUCUCUCUUAUGUUAUCAGAAUUUUACACUUUCCGAGAGUCAGACAGUUUGUUUUACUUUUGUCUAAAAAUAAAAAUAUUUUUAAAAAUUUAUUAGAAGAUUGGCACAGAUUAAUUCAAGAUGGUCUAAGAUUAUGGGAAGAAGAGACUUGUUUACGAUUUAAAGAAAAUAGAGGAAGUAGUUUUGCUAAAGAUAAAAUUGAAUUUAUUCGUGGAAGCGGUUGUUAUUCAAGUGUGGGAAGGACUGGAGGAACUCAAAAAAUAUCUAUUGGGCAUGGAUGCGAUGAUAAAGGAAUUGUAUCCCAUGAGGUUGGGCAUGCUCUUGGAUUUUGGCAUGAACAAUCUCGGCCAGACAGGCAUAAUAUUUUUCUAAAGAAAUUUAGAAGGUUGCUUUUAGAGACCAAUAUAUUCGACUUGAGGAACGUUAUAUAA